AUGGCUGUGGCGCAUGCGCAGAGGGAGCAUUUCCGUCACCUCACAGUUGGUGCCGCCGCUGCUGUGGACCCAGAAGUAGCCGGGCCGGGCCGGGCUCUCCCUUCCCCCCCUCCCUCCGCUCGGCCGGCACCCGCCCGUCCGCCGUCCCCCGGGCAAGGAGCCUCCUAGUCCCUCCCUUAUCCCCCCCAGGGACCCCGUCCCCCCAUGGAGCCGCCGCCCACCCUGCACCCGGUGAAGCUCUAUGUCUACGACCUGUCUAAGGGCAUGGCCCGGCGCCUCAGCCCCCUCAUGCUAGGGAAACAGCUGGAUGGGAUCUGGCACACCUCCAUAAUUGUCCAUAAGGAUGAGUUCUUCUAUGGCAGUGGUGGGAUUUCCAGCUGUGCACCUGGAGGGACGUUGCUCGGGCCCCCAGACUCAGUUGUAGACCUGGGGAGCACAGAAGUUACAGAAGAAAUUUUCCUGGAAUACUUGUCCUCGCUGGGAGAAUCCAUGUUCCGAGGAGAGUCUUAUAACCUCUUUGAACAUAACUGCAACACCUUUAGUAACGAAGUGGCGCAGUUCCUGACAGGAAGAAAGAUCCCUUCCUACAUUACUGACCUUCCGUCCGAAGUCCUUUCCACACCCUUUGGACAAGCUUUGAGGCCUCUCCUGGACUCCAUCCAGAUCCAGCCACCUGGUGGUAAUACCUUCCGCAGACAUAAUGGACAGAGCUAACACAAAUGGAUGGAUGUGCCAAGCCUCACCAGGCUUUUCCUUUUUAAACACACAAAUCUACCAGAUUUCUAUUUUAUAAUUUCACAUCAGCAUUGUCUCCAAGGAAAUAACAAGAUGUUUUUUCAGAUUUCCCAGGGAGAUGACUUAUCGGGUUGCAUGUAGGACAAUGCUACCAAAAAGAUUGCCAUAAUUUCUAAUAGUAUUAUUCUAACUUGUUAAGGCUGUCUUGUCUGUGUACACUGACACUUUCUAAAUAGCCCUCUUGCUGGAGAUGUGGGAAUUCAUUCUAUGGAGACUGGAGAGCCCAUUACUCAAUUUGGGGUACCCAAGGGGAGGCACUGGGUUAAGAGUCCUAGCAAUCCCUUGCCAGACUUGCAUCCAAGAAUUAAGGGGUGGAGGACAGGACCUCUCCAAAAGAUCAGUAUCCCUUUCAGUCAGGGGAAAAUAAGGGUCAAGUAAAAGCAAAACGAAGUGAAACUUUUCCUUCUCCCCAUAGCAAGCAAGCUCAUAGGCUCCUGUGCAAAACCCCUUGAAACUGACUACCUUUGCAUGGGGCCUGUUCUUGCCCUGCUGAGCCAGUGUUGCAUGCACAGUGAGGAAAGAACAGCAUGGCAGCUGCACAUUAAUCUAAGGUUUGCAAACAGUCUGCAGCAUCUGUUUGCAGUCACAACAUAAGCACUAAGGUUCCAGCCUUCUGUGACACCAUAAUCCUUUCCAUGGCAGUUGAGUGUGAUGUCACAGAUGAGUCUGAUUAAAUGUGUGAAGAAAACAACGGGUCAGCAUUGCAGAAGCUGCUAUCUGGUUUCCAUGUAAAUUUCCCCAAAUUAAAGAAGAAGAGGGAUGAGCAAGACAAAAGCAGAACAGUCUCUAAAUAGAAUUUCUCCACUUUUCAUCAGGGCAUCAGGGACACUUCAAGGGAUACACGUGCCUAUCAUUGGAAGUGGUUAAGGCUGAACAAUAGGCAAAGGAUUGGGUCAGAACAGCAUCCUCCCCUGAUUAAAGAUUACUGCGGCCUCUCCAUUUGACUCUCUUGUGGGUAGGAGGUUAGGGAAAGGAAAGAAGGGGUACUUUGUGCUAUCUUUCCUUCAAGUAUAGCUAUCCUCCCCCCAUUGAUUCUCCAGCAACUGUCUUUAGGAGAGACAAUGAAAGAAAGAUAGUCACGGGACAGUGGGAACUUCCCCCAUGGCCACUAGUGUUGCUGAUACUCUGUAAUGGGGAGUACUUGCCCCAGAUCCUGCCAACAGGAGGACCUUGCAUGUGCAGAAUCCUUUGCCCAGUGUCUUGUUGUGCAAAGAACUGCUCCAAGCUUAGUUUAGACCUGCCUCAACCUCUAAUCACACCAGUGCACAGGACACUUCCUAAGAUCCUAAAGCAGUUGUGUCCUUGCUCUGUUAAGUUUCUACCCUUGUUAAUAGUUCCAAAAGGAUAUCCUUUGGAGAGCAAUUUCUGUUGUGCUUAUUCAGUAACAACUAAAAGUGGUGCACGCUGUUUAGGAGGAAGAGGAUGAUUUUAGUUUCAGUUUGAUGUUGCCCUGCAUGUUGUGUAGUCCUUUAGACAAAUAUAUAGUGGGGGUAAAAUGUGUUAUUAAGUCAGACUGAUAAAGUGUAUAUAACUACACAAGGUCCAGGGCAAUGGUCAAUGCAACCCAGAAUGUGUUCCAUUGUGUCAUCUUCUCCUUGUAACAUAACAGUCCUCUUCCUCAGCCCUUCAUUGUGAUGAAUCUGGACUCCAGGUGCGGUAGAACAUAAGCAGUGGGAGCAGAUGCCCUUUAGAAACAGCUCCUGGUUUGCACAAACAUUCCCAGAACCCAGAAAAUGCAUAGUCUGCAGAAACUGUUCUAAAGGGAGUGGUUUUCAGAGCCCUUCUUUCCCUGCUCCUCGAGAAGUACCACCAAACAGGUUUUUGCAUUCCUCUGCUUUCCUAUACUCUGUAUGUCUUCCUGUCCUGUCCUUCCCCAUCUCCUGUUGUAUAAAUGGAGACCAGCAUACACCCUAGCAAUGUAUCCCACUAAUUAGGCUUGAGCCUGGAUCUUACUUGACUGCCCAGCAAACUUCAGGACCUUUUACAUCUUUUCUGGGAGAGAGGAAAGAAGGGGAACAGAUUCACCUCAUAUAUUUUGGAAUCUGCCGUCCCUCCACCCCAUUAAUCCCAGGACAGAUAGUGCUGCUACUUUAAAAAAAAAAAAAAAGUUACUGGAUAAAAUUUUACUCAGCAGCAGCUUCUGUUUGCAGGCACCAUGGGACAGUCCCACUGUAGGGGGGGACCCAGAAAGGGGCCUGAGUUCAACACUAACAUUGGGCUCCUUGAUAAAUGAAUUACAUGAAAGUGAGCCCCCUCUACCCCAACCAAUUAACAUGGUUGUGUAGUGAGCCCACCCGAUGCUCUGUAGGCUUAUUAGUAGCCCAAUCCCUCAGAUGGGCUAUGUAUAAAUUGCAGAUGCGUAUACCCAGCAUUCCACCCACCAACACUUAUUUAUAGGUAUAUAAGAUAGAAUGAGAGAUAAAUAUGUAAAUGUAUGUAAGUAAAGCACUUCCAGUGAGUUGACUAACAAAGGGGCAGGGAAACUGAACCUUUUCUCUUGGAAGAGAGCAGAACCCCUUUGCCGCAACUCUUGUUUUCUGUCUUGUAUUUCUGGGGUUCCCCUCAGUGCUGCUGAACAAUGCCUGGACAGAGGGGAUGCAUUUUUACAUUACAAUAAUGAUGUCUCUAGGCAGAAAGUGGUGUUUGGUUUAUUCUGUUUUUUUCCCUAUUACAA